CGGAGGCGAAUAAGCAGCGCACAGUAACAAGCUGUGAAAGGUUAUCUCGUAGUGACAGGGUGGAACACAACAUGCAGAACCUGGUGGUGCAGUCACUUGCCAUGAGGCAGCUGGGGAGGCUGAACCCACGCCACCUGCUGGCUGCUGAAUAUGGACUGAGGCAGAGUCGAUGGUGUCCCAGGAGCAUCCACACGCGCCAGCUGUGGGGCUGCUCGUCAUUCCCCACGUUUGGCUGUCACAGGCCGACCUCCCACAGCAGAGACUCUGUCAGGAGUUGGUCCGUUCAUCAUCUGAGAUCCAAAAGCACGAAGAAGAAAGAAACUGCUCCGACAGCACAGGUGGAGGAAGAAGAUGAGGAUGAGGAAGACCCAGAGGACAACGAUAAUGAUGAUGAGGUGGAUAUGGACCCAGAUCAACCAAAGGAAUAUAAAGAUAUGGAAAAGUAUGUGAAGUCUUUCCGGUACGAUGGCAUCAUGAAGGCUGGCCUGGACAUGGCAAAUAAAAAGAUUGAAGAUGCCUUCUACAGCAAUAAACUCCGGCUAAACGGGCAGAAACUCAUCAAAAAAAGUAAAAUGGUGAAAGCUGGGGACACGUUAGACAUGGUCCUGUCGGAGAACCAAGCAGGAGACACUGUCACCUUGAUGAGAGUCAUCGUCACAAGUGUUUUUGCUGAAACCAGUAAAAAAGAAAAGUACAAAGUUGCCAUCAGGCGCUGGAAAUCUAUAGAGCUGUCCAAGGACGAGGCCUUUAAGCCAUGAACAUGGACGGGAAGAGACUGUAAUGCCAGCAAGGCAACAACACAGACAUGGUAUGACUGGCAGUUUGAAUGGUCUCCAAGAAGUUGGAUCGAGAAUCGAUAACAGUGGUAUAAUGUAGAGAUGAACAUUUCUCAAUGGCUGUAGACAUUCAGCAGUUGGCUGGGAGAAAGAUUUGGAUUGUUUACCUUUCCCCACCAUAUACUCUGCGAGUCCAAUAAAUGUGCACUUUGAAGUUUGGAAAAUGUUUGAAAAUGGAAAAAUUGCUGAUGAAGAGCGCCAUGAAUUGAAGUUGACGAGCUCCGUCUGACUCGGUUGCCUGGGUUUGUUUAGCUUUUCCCUGUAAAUCUUAAUUUAAUCGUUUUCUAAAUGGUACAACAUUGUAUGAAGGACCAACAUUCAUGUUAUUUAGUUUUCUCAUGUAUUGGCACAUCAAAAUUGGGAAAUUGGUCAGGAUUCAGGACAGGCACAACUCCCGCUCCCUGCUGAAGAAAUGUAUGCACGACUACGUACCUCAACAGUUCAGUGUUAUUAUGUAAAACAGUCUGAUAAUGUCAUAUUUAUAACUAGGAUUUUAUUAGAAAGGUUAUCAUGAUCCAUUGUCAUGUUAAAUUGUCUUUAUAGUAUAAACUUCUAUAAGAAGGCUUAACAUAAGCACGUUGUUAUUAAAACAGUGGUGGCACAAUGCUACAUCAGUAACUGUAACGGAAAUACAGACAGGUGACAAAUUACAGGAAAAAACGAUACAAGGUGAGUUAAGAGUUGGGCCAACAUGUGUCAACAGCUUCAGUGGAGCUUUGCAUUCAAUCCACAAGUGUCUGAACUCGACUAGAGGGAUGAGACCCUGUUCUUCUAAGGUAUACUGGUAUUUUGAUGAUGAUGACGAAGGAGAGAGGAGAGAUGUCACAUCUGUCAGAAAUGUCCUGUAGGUUUUCAUCUAUUGGAGAUAUACUGAGAUCUAACAACGGUAAAGGCCAUAAUAGAGGUUUUCAGACUUGAACUCCAGUGUAUGUCCGCAGGACUGGGUCUGGUGUUUGAGAUUCACAACAACAAAGAAAUCUCCAGUGCUCAGGUGAGGUGUGGCGCAGCCUGCAGAGGCAGGACGCAAUUUUGUUUACAGCACAUGGACACCUGCAUCAUUCUCAGCAAAAGCUCAGGGGCCUCAUUUGUAAAACAGCGAGUAGGAUUCAUACUGAAAGUGUACGUGUGCACAAAAGCCGAUUUUUUUUUCAGAUUUAUAAAACUGCGUACACACCUGAACGCAAUGUUCACUUCAGAAAUCACAGUUCGCCCUCUACACGCCCACUUUCAACCAUAAAUGUUCAAUGCAAAGCAACUAAUGAAUAUUAAAUGAUCCUGCUGACCAAUGGGUUUUCACAGUGAAUCAUGACAGAGUCAUGGCAUCAAGGGAUGAGAAGGGGAAGCUAAACUUUCUGACCCUGACAUUGAGGUGUUUGGUGGUGAGGUGGAGAGCGAUUAAUAAUGAAAAUACACUGUUGCUGCUGCUGAUAAAACAGUGAGUUAGAGCAAAGACGAUAGAACGGAGCCUGGAAUUAAAAAAAGAUCCAAUUGGAGCGUUCCAAGCUGUCAGAAUGUGAGGAUGCUUGUAUCACCUGUCCGAGUUUUAAUCUUUGUUAU